GUUUUCAAAUAUGUUUUGUUUUGUUUUGUUUUGUUUUGUUUUGAGACAGGAUCUCUCUGUGAAGCCCUGGCUGUCUGGAACUUGCUCUGUAGACCAGGCUGCCCUCGAAAUCACAGAUCACCUGUCUUUGCCUCCUGAGUGCUGAAGUUACGGAUGCGCGCCGUCACACCUGGCUGAAAUAGAGUUCUUACAAUUGGAAUUACUGAAGUUGUUCUUGUUCCUCCUCGGCUUGAUCACAGUACCCAUCGGUGUCGUGAGAGAGAGGUGUCGUGAGAGGCUCAUUCCUGCUAACCAGAGGUCAUGGUGGCUCUCCCGCUUUACAGCACUGAUGCUCAGCGUGUGUCUCAAAAAACUUAGUGUGGUUUUCUCAGGAGCAGAGCAUCAGACUGUGCUGUGAUUAGACCAGCUACGCUUACCUUCUUUGAUAAGCUUUAUCGCUUGUCAAGAAAAUGCUUGGCCAGAAGAGAUGAAUACUAAUUCCACUCAGGCCUAGAAUUGCCUAUUGAGAUAGUCCUGAGCAGGCGACAUACGAAUGGCCCAAGGAAGCCACCAAAUUGAUUUUCAGGUUUUACAUGACCUGCGACAAAAAUUCCCUGAAGUGCCUGAAGUUGUUGUAUCCAGGUGUAUGUUACAGAACAACAACAACCUGGAUGCCUGCUGUGCUGUUCUCUCUCAGGAGAGUACACGGUAUCUUUAUGGUGAAGGAGACCUGAACUUUUCAGAUGAGUCUGGAAUUUCUGGUCUACGCAAUCACAUGACUUCUCUCAACUUGGACUUGCAGUCACAGAAUGUUUACCACCACGGAAGAGAAGGAAGUAGAGUAAAUGGAAGUAGGACUCUGACACACAGCGUCAGUGAUGGACAGCUUCAAGGUGGGCAGUCCAACAAUGAACUGUUCCAGCAGGAGCCACAGACAGCACCAGCUCAAGUUCCUCACGGCUUCAGUGUGUUUGGAAUGCCCAGCACAUCUGGUGCUUCAAAUUCAACACCACAUCUUGGAUUUCACCUAGGCAGCAAAGGGCCACCUAACCUCUCUCAGCAAACUCCCAGAUUUAAUCCUAUUAUGGUAACGUUAGCCCCAAACAUACAGACUGGUCGGAGUACUCCUACGUCUUUGCACAUACAUGGUGUACCUCCGCCUGUACUUAACAGCCCACAGGGAAAUUCUAUCUAUAUUAGGCCUUAUAUUACAACUCCUAGUGGUACAGCUCGGCAGACACAACAGCAUUCUGGCUGGGUAUCUCAGUUUAAUCCCGUGAACCCUCAGCAAGCCUACCAACCUUCGCAGCCUGGUCCUUGGACUACUUACCCUGCGUCCAGUCCUUUGCCACAUACCUCAACCCAACAGCCGAAUCAGCAGGGCCACCAGACCUCUCAUGUCUACAUGCCCAUCAGCUCGCCAACUACCCCACAGCCACCAGCAGUCCAUUCGUCGGGUAGCGCUCAGUCUUCUGCCCAGUAUAACAUUCAGAACAUUUCAACAGGACCUCGAAAAAACCAGAUAGAAAUCAAACUUGAACCCCCACAGAGAAACAGUUCUUCAAAAUUACGUGCUUCUGGACCUCGAACUGCCAGCACUUCAAUGGUCAACAGCCAGACCUUAAAUAGAAAUCAGCCCACUGUUUACAUAGCUGCCAGUCCUCCAAGUACUGAUGAGAUGGUCUCCCGUAGUCAACCUAAGGUCUAUAUUUCAGCCAAUGCCACCACAGGAGAUGAGCAGGGCAUGCGGAAUCAACCUACACUCUUCAUAUCCACAAACUCUGGGCCAUCUGCCACCUCCAGGAACAUGUCUGGGCAAGUGAGCAUGGGUCCUGCCUUUAUCCAUCACCACCCUCCCAAAAGCCGAGUGUUGGGUGGUAACUCUGCAACGUCUCCCCGAGUGGUGGUCACUCAGCCCAACACGAAAUAUACUUUCAAAAUUACAGUUUCUCCCAAUAAGCCCCCGGCAGUCUCCCCAGGGGUAGUCUCCCCUACCUUUGAACUUACAAAUCUUCUAAAUCAGCCUGACCAUUAUGUAGAAACAGAGAAUAUGCAGCACCUCACGGACCCUGCUUUAGCACAUGUGGAUAGGAUAAGCGAAGCGCGGAAACUGAGUGUGGGAUCUGAUGAUGCUGCCUACACGCAAGCGCUGCUGGUGCACCAGAAGGCCAGGAUGGAGCGGCUUCAAAGAGAGCUCGAGAUGCAGAAGAAAAAGCUGGAUAAACUCAAAUCUGAGGUCAAUGAGAUGGAAAAUAAUCUAACUCGAAGGCGCCUGAAGAGAUCAAAUUCCAUAUCCCAAAUACCUUCACUCGAAGAAAUGCAGCAGUUGAGAAGUUGUAAUAGACAACUCCAGAUUGACAUUGACUGCUUAACCAAAGAAAUUGAUCUUUUUCAAGCCCGAGGACCACAUUUUAACCCCAGCGCUAUUCAUAACUUUUAUGACAAUAUUGGAUUUGUAGGUCCUGUGCCACCAAAACCCAAAGAUCAGAAGCCCACCACCAAAGCACCAAAGACUCAAGACACAGAGGAUGAGGAGGGGGCUCAGUGGAAUUGCACUGCCUGUACUUUUUUGAAUCACCCGGCCUUGAUCCGCUGUGAACAGUGUGAGAUGCCUCGGCAUUUCUGAGCCAAAGGCCCGUCUCCUCUAAGCCACAUCCAGAGUUCAGACAAGUCUGGGGAAGUGUUUCGCUGCCACAUAGGAGAGUCCAGCUGAAGGUGAUGAGACGGUAGUACGCUGCGCUCAGCGUCAGCCCGCGGCUAACGCUACCUCAGUCUAGAGUUGUGGACAGUGGAGACUCACCGCACGAAGGCUCUGAGAGACUGGACUGCCUAACCGUGUGCAGGGCAUCGUGUCCCACGGUGGACCAUUCUCGCUCUGUCAGUGCCUCGGUGUUCCCAGCACCUGUCCCCUCAUGUCACUACUGAUUUUGACUGGAGGGAUAGGAUGAUAGCUUUUUGUGUUUUUGAAGCUUUUGGUGAAACACUACACACACGAAGAGAAGGAACAAGGUUUAGCUAUUUAAAACUCUGCUGCCGCAUAGUGCCAGUGGAUGCGGGAAACUUCACAAUCUGUGGUACUUUUGACCUUGUCUUUUGUCUUCUCUGAAGACGUCUCUGUGAAGCCAGCAUCUAGGGUCUAAUGAUAAAAAGGAAAGCAGUAUGCGUUGUCUGUACAAUCCGCAGUGAGCUCCCCAAAGCCUUUCCUACUGUACAGAUCUCUCAUGUCUGCUUUAAGUGAUUUCUUCAUUAUUUUCUUAUAUUUCUGUAUGUAUAGUGUAAUAGACUUUUGUUAACUAAUGUUCUUUUCCCUUUUAGUAAGCACGGUCAUGUUUCCUUUUAAGCCUUACCUGAGAAAAGCAAUGCCAUAAGAUUAAAAAAAAAAAAAAAAAAGCAUUAAUGAAAUGAAACUGUGCACAAAAUAACUUCCCUCUCGUCUCCUGCUCUUUGUCCCCUCGGGUGCCAGUCCUCUGAGAAGACUUGCAGGCGCUGCCCGCGAGCUGCAGGAAGCCGUGCAGGCCUGUCGGGAGGUCACACUCUACACUGACUUCACAGGGUGACCAAACGCGGCCUGUGUCUUCUAGAGCAGCUUAAGCAAAGGUGGCGAAACCCACUUCGUGGAGGCUCCCAUUGGGAAAGUACAGUUUCAGAAGCAGCCACAGCAGCAGGUCCAGCAGCCUUUUCUUCUUGGGAAGAAGUGCAGUUGCUGUACUAUUGGGACAGUCCAUUUCUAAACCUGACUGGGUGACAGGAUCGUGUAUUUAUGAAACAUAGUCAUCUUUAGGACAACUGAAGAAAAGCUGGAAAAAAGAAAGAAAAACAAACAGACUUGAACACUGAAGCAACCUCAGACAUCUCUUUAUUUUGAUGAUAUAUUUUUGUAAGGAAAAUAAAUAUUCAUAAGAUCAGGAAUGUAUAUAACUAAAUAAAAUCAAGGAAAAAUAACAGUAUGCAUUUAAAAAGAAUUAUGAAAUUAUCAGUGCUUGGAAUGGGGCUAAGGGAAGUGCUGAAAUAUAGCAAAAAAAAACAGGAAAUAAUGUAGAUUGUCCCACUGUAAAUGUUCACAUGUGACUAUGUUUUAGAUAAACGGGAUUAUUAGGGAUGAGUGAUCUGAAGGUCAGAGCCUUGGCUUCCAGGCUCUGUGUCUUGAGUGUGAGAAGAGAUGUGGCGAUCAUAGGUCACUCAACAGCAGACCCCAAAACUCAUACAUUUGAUGCAUUUGUUUAAAAGCAGGCCUUGUUUUUCAGCUUCCUCUGCAGUUCUAUGUGAAGAUUGGUAAAUCAGUUUUUACUUGUUUUAUUAAUAAAACGUAAUUUGGAUAUCUUGAGUUGAUGGUUUUGUGAUUUAGCUGGGUAAACUAUCUUUGUAACAGAUAAGUUAUUUAUAAAAAUUAAAAAACUUAUAUUCUAAUGUG